GGCAUCCGAGGGCGGGAUCGUCUGUGGCAGGAAGCGGGUUGUCACGUUGACCGCUGUUGAACAGCAGUAAUAAUGCGGAGCGUCCCGGGCAGCCCCUCCGAAGCACGGCUGGCAUCAAAAGCGGCACGGAAGGGACGGGAUGCUCGGAUCACUAGCAGCGCGAAGCAGCCGUUCGGAGCUGCAUGCCAUGCCUCUCUCUGCACAGCAAUGGGUGGCUUGGGUUGCUGCUGCUAACCAGUAGGAACAAGCGCUCCCAGAUGCAAAGCGUAAGAGGAUGGGGCCUUGCCCCAAGAAUCCUGUAAUCUCCUUUGGGAUCCUCCACUGAUCUUUAGCACUUGGGAUUGCCUUGAAAAUUCCUUGGGGCAAUUCCCAAGGAGUUACAGAAGAAAACAGGACUGUAGCUCAUGCGUUCUACACAGAAAGUUUUAAGUUCAGUUCUUGGCAUUUUCCAUUUAAAAGGGAUAAUACUUUGGUAAUAAUACUCUGGUAAUAGCUUGCUUUGUCUAAGUAAUUAAAGUCCAAGUUGCUCAAAGUCUCGUAUUAGCUCAUUGGCAAUUUCAGUUACUAGAUUUUAUUACCAGCUUGGGAGUGUGCUUCCCUAGAGACACAUCCUGAAUGAACAAGCUAAACUGGAGUAAGUUGAUUCAUGAGAACUCAAGGGAUAUAGGCAGACAGGUAUCUCUUAAAUAGAGUUUGUGUAGCAAAAUUAACAUACUUAAUAUGAUUAUUUUACCUAGGAUCAUAUAUGUUUUACUCAGGAUUCUUCUGUUUACACCUGGCCACUAUUUUCCAGAAUGCAAUGCAAAUUUUGGCAGGGAAACUGUAGGAAAACUGUCUCUAGUCUAAUGUUCACCCUUAAACAUUUUUAAUAGGUUGUGAAAAAUAACUCCUUGAAGCUGGCCAUUUUGAGGAAAAUCCAGUUUUCUGGCACGGCGUAAGAGAAAAGUGCAUCCCGCAGAUCACGCUGCUGCUUCCUUAGCCUUCCCAGGGUCACCAACAUGUGGCAGAAGUCAGUAGGUGUGGGGCUGCUCGCCCUGGCGACAGGCUACGUCUUCCUCUUGGACCCUGAUCUGCCGGACUCAGUGCUGAAGUAUAUCUCAGACGCCUUCUUGUCCCAGCGGCGGGGGAAUCUCACGUCCCCAGAGAGCAGCAUGUCAGUGGCCUGGGAUGCACUUAUUACCCGUCCAGCCAAGCGGUGGAAUCGAAUCGCUGUUGGGGUGAAUGCUUGUGUAGAUGUGGUCCUGUCCGGCGUGCGGCUGCUGCAGGCCCUGGGCUCAAAUCCCGGGACUGGGCAGGAUCACUUGGUCUUGCAUUCUGUAAAAGAUCUGGAAGACGCCUUCAUCCACUUCAUGGAGAGGGGAGCCGCUGCAGAGCGCUUCUUCAGUGAUGCGGGAUCCUUCAACCACAUUGCAGAGACUGCGUUGAAGUAUCCUGGGGCGCAGUUGUAUGUGGGAGGAAAUGCUGCUCUCAUUGGCCAGAAACUGGCAGCAGAUCCAGAGCUCCAGGUUCUGUUGUGUGGCCCAAUUGGUCCUAAACUCCACGACCUGCUUGAUGAAAAUAUAAUUGUCCCUCCCGGAUCAAUGCAAGAACAGGAUGAAUUCCACCUUAUUUUGGAAUAUCGAGAAGGUGAAGAAUGGGGCCCGCUGAGAGCCCCAAAUGCCAACCGCUUCAUCUUCUCCCAUGACCUGUCUAAUGGGGCAAUGAACACGUUAGAAACGUUCGUGUCCAGUCUGGAGGAGUUCCAGCCAGACCUGGUCGUGCUCUCCGGUCUGCAUAUGAUGGAGGGACAGACCCGGGAGAUCCGUCAAGAGAGACUCCUAAAGGCUGUAGCUUCUAUCUCUGACAUCCGCACAGAUGUCCCCGUGCACCUGGAACUGGCCAGCAUGACUGACCCAGAACUCAUGACUAAAAUAAUCCACCAGGUCUUCCCUGUUGUGAACUCCAUCGGCCUGAACGAACAGGAGCUGCUCUUCCUCACCCAGGCGGCUUCCGGACCACACGCCUCGCUGGCUUCCUGGAACGGUGUCCCCGACGUGGGUAUCGUCAGCGACAUCCUCUUCUGGAUCCUGAGGGAACACGGAAGGACCCCAAGAAAGCAAUCGGAGCUCACACGAAUCCACUUCCACACCUUGGCCUACCACGUCCUGGCUACUGUGGACGGACACUGGGCCAACCAGGUGGCAGCGGUUGCUGCUGGGGCAAGAGUGGCGGGGAUGCAGGCCUGUGCCACGAAAACCAUCGAUGUCAGCAGAGUCUACCUGAAAGCCCCGCUGGAGUUUGCCACUUCCAAGAUGGAGGCGGCCUCCAGAGUCUCUCUGAAUCCCAGUGAGCCGGUGUCGGAAUGGCACAGGGAGGGGAUCACGUUCCACUAUACUCCUGUUCUAGUGUGCAAAGAUCCGCUGCGGACCGUUGGCCUCGGUGAUGCCAUUUCUGCUGAAGGACUCCUGUAUUCAGAAGUUUACCCUCACUAGCCUUUGGAAGUAAGAUACUGUUUCUCCACAAAAACCUGAGCCAUGCAGGCAUGGGCUUGAAAUUAAGCACCCAGCAUGAGAACCAAAGAGCCAGGAGGUCUAGCUGCUGGGAUUUGCCAUGGGGACACAAAGGAUUUGCUGAUGAGAUUCAACAUGUCAAACACAGGGGCCACAUAUUGCUCAAAAGUGACACACAGAGCCAAAGCCAUUGUUGGUUUACAUAAGCCAGACUUAUUUGUAGCAACUUCAGAAACUGGGUACUGAAACAGGGACAGUCAUUCCUAAAUAUCCCACGAAGGAUAUGUUGGUUCGCCACACUGUCACGCUUCUCUGAAGACUAAAGCAAAAGUUACUCGUUGUCCUUUUCCUCACAUUCCCCAUUCGGCAAGAGCCCACCUUCUACCUAUUGGGUAGUGGUGUCAACAAAAUGUUACCGUUCGGCUUCAGCAGUCAAAGGGAACAUUCUCCUAGAAUAGUACAAACCUCUGUUUGGCCAGUUCUAAAAGCGAGGUGGGCAAGAUGGCCUCAUCGUUAGUUGUUUUCCAGCACGCUGAAAAACAUGCUGAAUUGUACUCAGCAAGUCCCAUGAAAUGGCAAGAUACUGUGGGGAAAUUGGCGUUUUAUCAGAUGAACGCCAUGAUUUGUGCUAACGCUGACCCUUGGUUUUACUCCCACUGCUAUCAGAGGUAUAUGCUUUUCUUCUGUUGAUAAGGUGACUCUUCAGGUGCAAAGCUUAAUUUCUUUUAUUCCUUGCAAGCUAAUGCAGUUGUACUUAAGGCAGUGUCCUGAAGGUCAUUAUUAUCAGAAGUGAAUGUUUACAGUACGACUGCCGCUCCCUGCUAGCGUAACGCGAGGCAAGCAGCAGUGAAUCUGAACAAAUGCCAAAGUAAUGCACAAACCUCAGAUGACUCCUCGGCUUUUCGGUUGUGGGGUAGACUUAGGCGAAUUGGCACUGCCUGCUCUUCCCGGACUGCUGUGUUAGCACCCAGUUCUGGCAAGCUGGGAUUACAUGACCGCAGUAGGAAACUGUCUUGAGCUCUCAUGUAUACAAACCUGAAUCCUGCACUCCUCUCCUCUCCUCUCCUCAUAGUAUUUCCCAGCAGACAGAAUGAUGCAGCAGCUGAAUCUGGACAUCUGGUGGUGGUGCCUUCACGAAAGGCAGAGUGUGGGCCAGAACAGGAAAUCCAGACCGGGCGUGUUUCUCAUUAGAUGACCUUGAGCAAGUUGCUCUCGCACCCCAGCCUAGCCAAUAGGCUUGUCAUCAGUCUGAAAACAGCUCUGAGCCCCAGGUAGGAAAAGCAAGUUAGAAAUGCAACAAAAGUCGGGACUAAAAUUCCUUGGCAUACCAUUAGCUUGUGAUGGGAACAGGUCGGGGAAGAUAGUGGAGAGAUGUUUCGAGAACGUUCCUUCCUGGCCACCUUGGCAGGAAGCGCAGCAGCACCGUGUGAAGAGUCACGGCUGAGAGCUGCACGGUGGAGCAGCAGUAGGGAAAGGCGCCGUCUCAGCCCUUUCACGGCGCUCUUCCCGUCCCCCCGCAAAUUUUUCUGUUAGGCAGACUUAUUUCUGACCCGUGUCCCAAUUAAGGGAAACAUGGUGGUUGAGGGACUGGUGGGUGGGAGGACGGUUCAGUGCUUUCCCUCGGUGACAGAGCAUACGCUUGGCAUGCAGGAUCGCCUGUGUUUCAUCUGGCAUCUGCCGUUACAGUGGAACGGGCAGUAGCGAUGGCAACGUCAGCCUGGCAAGGUUGGGAGCGGCUUCCAGGUUGAACAGGCCACACUGAGCAGAUGGAUCAAGGCCCUGACCUGCCAAAGAAAGUUCCCGGUAGUCCAGCUCUGUGGAACUGCUGCUGCUGUACAGCUACCAAGCAAUGAGUUCUGCUGCUGGUUAUUCAGAUUCUUUUUGACACUUGGGUGCAGAAAGCUUCCCGGCCACACGAGCCCCACUUGUUCUCGCUUGGCUGUCCUGCCGUCACUGUCGAGGGGCCAGUCUUGCCUGUUUACAGCUUGAAUUUGGACCCUCCUGGGUCCAAAUACUGAGCAUCGGCGUGCGACACUCUUAGCAAACUAACAAAUCUACAAGGAGGUGGUUGCUUUUGUAUGUGUGACCAGCAGUUCCAGAAAAGGGCUCAGAAGGGCAAAGAGUGCUUUGUUACUGCAAAAUCCAGGGUCGUGGCUGAGCUUUGCUUGGCUGAACAUUUAAGAAUAAUUGGAAGCUUUACUGUAGCAUAUAAUCAUGUUCUCAACACUGCUGCAAAGGGCUUCUGAGAUUAGACAUCUUGGAACAGUGAGCACAAAGACAGCAAAAUCAAUACACUAGUAAUCCUAAGGUGUAAAAUUUAAAUUAGUAUCUUGCAUUUGUUCCUUUGAUAGGAGAAAUGAAAACUAAAUGUGCAGGUUUAUUCUAAUAGGUUUGCUUCUUUGGGUGCAUUGCACAAAGCAGUGUUAUGCAACUUGUAUUCAUUCCAUAACUGUAGCAAUUAGGUGGAAAUUACCCAACAGUGGUGCUCGGUACAUUUGUCUUGGCUCCGUACCUUAUUUCACUCUUCACUGUCCUACUUGAAUCUGUAUGUAUCCCAUACAUUAAGUAGGGACAGAAAGUUUCACUUGUGCAAAUAAGCCUGCCUUUUGUGUGUGGCCUUGCUGCCCUUUGUAUGAUAGAAACAUAGAAACAGAGCGAGUCAGAAGGGACCUCCCGGGCCAUCUAGUCUGACCUCCAGCACCAGCCGGCUCCGCUCACGACAUGCCCACCAUGUGCAUGUCACCUUGACCUAGGAUCUCAUGGAAACGGCUUCAUGGAAUUUAGCGUGUGGCUGUAGGCUGCAUCUCUCUUGGGGCUCUCAGUGCCCUGGGAGGCCAAUUUGGGAAGCAAAACGCAGAAGUAGGAGCGUCUACCCUGUCUGAAACACUGAAUGGCUAUUAGGGGAAGGUUUUUUUUGCUGAAAAAAAGAGAAAGCUUUCUAUUUUUUCCAUACUUUGAAAGUAGCAGCUAAGGAGAAUGCUUUGGUCCUACAAAUUGUGCAUUUUCUUUCUUAAACUGUCAGGUUGCUGUGGCUCUAUGGCCCAGCAAAAAUUUCAGGGAUUUGAGGCUUUAUACUGCUCAGUUUAUUUAGACAAAACAUAUAUUUAGCACACGGCAUCUGGGUGUCAGUUAAGGUGCUGUGGUUGUGGAAGUCACUUGUGACAGGAAAGAAGCUUUCGGUUCUCAUGUAAUAAAUAGCAGGGGUAGACUGGACGGAGUUUGCAAAAACUCAGGGGCGUCCUUGAAGCAAUGUUUUUCACGCGUCUCGCUGACCAAAUAGUUCUGGCUGUAUAAUUCCCAUGAAACAAGUAUUUUGGGUGGUGUGCAGUGUCUCAGAAGGAUGUACAUGUUUUACCAGGAUUCUGUACUAUGGAUGCGGUUUCCACCAAAUGUAUUGCAUUUGUUACA